AUGAAUAAUAAUCCAGGCAUUUUUAAUAAUACCGGGGAUCAAACUUCGUAUUUAGGAAUUCCUGAAAAUGAGUCAUUAUUUUUACCAGCAGAAAGGCCUAUUCGUCCCAAGCCUAUAGUAAAUAUGCCGAUUCUUAGAAAAAAGUUAACUGGAACGAAAACAACUGAUUUAAUCGAUCUUGAAGAAGGAGAGAGUACUAAAGAUCUAGACAUAGAAAUGAAAGAAGUUUAUAAAGAUCAUGAAGUAAAAAAAGUUGAACCACCUAAAGUAAAUAAAAAGAAAGAAGAUGUAAAAGUGGGUCAAAAGAAGAAUAUUCAAAAAAGGCUAGGCUCAGAAUGGGAUGAAAUUAUGAUAGAAGAAAGAGAUAUUAGACAAAUGAAUGAAGAAAUAAUAUUAUACGAUGAAGGACCUGUUGCAGGUUUUAUUUUAGCGCAAGAGGAAGACAACCGAUCUAUAUCCGAUCUAUUUAAUUAUUACUAUGAAAAAGGAAGCUGCUCCAAUAUUAAAUAUAAUAUAAAAGAAGUAGAAGACAACCAAAGAAAGCAGUUGUUGGAGUUACUUAGAGAAAAUCCUAAUCUUUGUGCUCAAGAUAUCUCUGAGUUGGGCCGGACUGAUAUAAUUCGGCAUUGUAUUCCUACCCAAGAU